AUGGCCGAGGCUUUUGCAGCUGAAGUAGCAGCGAAUGUAUUGGCGAAACUGAGCAGUGCUGCUUUCCAACAAAUUGGCUGUUUUUGGGACGUCCAAGAUGAAUUCGAAAAGCUCAGGGACGUGUUAAUGGCUAUCAAAGCCGUGCUGGUGGAUGCGGAAGAGCAGCAGAACCAUAACAGGGAGAUAACCCUUUGGCUACAGAAGUUCAAAGACGGGUGUUACCGAGUAGAAGACUUGUUGGACGAGUUUGAGAUCGAAGCACUGAGGCGGCAAGUCAUGGAACGUGGGAGCAGUAGGAGAAAGGUAAGCCGUUUCUUGUCCUGCUCGAACUCGUUGGCCUUUCGUCUUCGUAUGGGACGAAAGAUCAAAAAGGUGAAGGACAUGUUGGACGAGAUCGAAAGCAAUAAAUCCAGGUUUCAUCUCCUCGAGAGACAUCAUCGUGUUAAGAACAUCAUCCAUGGCCAGAGGGAAACCUACUCGUUCGUGAAGACGUCCGAUGUGAUCGGUCGCGAUGAAGAUAAAGAAAACAUGGUGGCGUUCUUAAUGGAUCCAACUGAUGGCGAUGGCAAAGGGGACGAUAUCCCCGUCCUUGCCAUAGUUGGAAUCGGCGGUAUCGGAAAAACUGCUCUAGCUCAACUAGUGUUUAAUGAUGAAAGAGUGAAAACUCAUUUCUGGUUGAGAAUUUGGGUAUGUGUUACAGAGGAUUUUGAUGUCAAGCAACUGAUGAUAAAGAUCAUUAAAUCCGCAACUGGUACUACGAUGUGCAAGGACAUGAACAAGGAGGAAUUGCAUAAGGUUUUACGAGACGGUUUGAAAGGUAAAAGGUUUUUGAUCGUGUUGGAUGAUGUAUGGAACGAGGACAAGAGAAAAUGGAUCGAGCUAAAGGAUUUGUUAGCCACCGGAGGCCAAGGGUGCAAAAUAAUCUGCACCACUCGUACCCACAAAGUGGCUGCAAUCACAAGCACAGUUCCACAGUAUGAUUUAGAGCAUCUCUCUUAUGAGAAUUCAUUGUCUUUGUUUCUUAGGCUUGCUUUCAAAGAAGGUGAAGAGGUGCAACACAAGAAUCUUGUAAGAAUUGGGGAAGGAAUUGUCAGAAAAUGCAAAGGGGUUGCUUUGGCUGUGAAGACAUUAGGUAGUUUGCUUUGUUCAACUAGGGUGGAAUAUGAUUGGGAGCUUGUAAGAGAUAGUGAGAUAUGGAAGCUAGAACAGAAGGAAAAUGAUAUUUUGCCUGCUCUGAAACUAAGUUAUGAUCAUUUGCCUUGGCAUUUAAAGCAAUGUUUUGCUUUCUGUUCGGUUUUUCCGAAAGACUUCGAAUUCAAUAGCUUGCAGUUGACCUUGUUGUGGACGGGGAAUGGGUUUCUGCAAUAUUCCAACGAAAAUGAAGAGCCGGAAGAUAUUGGGAACCGGUACAUACAUGAGUUAUGGUCAAGAUCGUUCUUCCAACAAGUUGAAGAAGGGGUCUUUUAUUCCACCUUCAAGAUGCAUGAUCUAGUACAUGAUCUUGCAUUAUCGGUGGUACAAAAUGAGGUGAAUUCAUUCAACCAUUGUUCGACCAGACAUGUUCGACAUUUGUGGUUAGAGGCGUCAGGGCAAGGUGCUUCCACGUUGCCAAAUAACUUGGACCAUCUACGGUCACUGAUUAUCUCGUCAAAUGAAGAACAGAAGGCCAGUGGCGAAUCCCUUAUUGCAGAUUACAUUUCAAGGUCCAAACAUCUGAGGGUGCUGCAUUUGGUCGACAGCAGUUUCGAGCAAUUGCCGAACAGCAUAGGUUAUUUAAAGCACUUGAGAUAUUUGAGCAUAUAUGGCAAUGGCAACAUAGAAAGGCUUCCAAAUUCCAUUUGCAAUUUGCAGAGCUUGCAAACACUUCUUCUUGGCGGAUGCAGGGGAAUCGAAGCAUUGCCCAAAGAUAUAAGGUACCUGAUUAGCCUUAGAACACUAUGUAUAACUACAAAACAGGCGAGUUUACAAGAGAGUGGAAUAGGGUGCCUAAGUUCUCUUAGGUUUUUGAGAUUUUAUGCAUGUGGGAACUUAAAAUAUUUGUUUGAAGACAUGCAAAGACUAACAGCCCUUCGGAUAUUGGUCAUUGAUGAAUGCAAAAACUUGAUUUCAUUGCCGCCAGGUUUGAAAUACCUGACUGCUUUACAGAUUUUGGUCAUCAGUGAUUGUGAGAAGCUAGAUCUCUGUAUGGGGCUGGAACUCGGAGGGGAACAAGCUGGCAGCCUUCGGAAAUUGUUUAUUCGAGGAUUGCCGAAAGUGGUGUCACUUCCGCAAUGGAUCCUUCUAGGAUCCGCCAAGACUCUGCAGCAGUUGUACAUCAUCGGGUUAGAGAAUCUCUCAACAUUACCAAGGUGGUUCCGAUAUCUCAUGUCGCUUCAAACGCUCGGGAUUAUAGAUUGCCCGAAGCUGUUGUCUCUACCCCAAGGGAUGCAACAGCUUGCUGCACUCAAACAAGUGGGCAUCACAGGGUGUCCAAAAUUAGGCAAAAGAUGCAUGAAACAAACUGGCGAAGAGUGGCCUAAGAUUGCUCACGUCCCUCAGCUUUUUGUCAGCAAUGACUCGGAGACCUCAAUCACAUAUGAUGAAUAA